AUGUCAUUGAUAGAUGGAAAGAUACUCAGGCCUUUUUUUGUUCUUUCUCAUGUAGCUUUAAUAGGACUCUCUGCAUGGCAAUCCCCUUUAUCAUUACAAUCUCCUGUGGCAGUGAUAUUUUGGUAUGCAUCCACAUAGAGUCCCCGUCUUGAUUUCAUUAUCAUUGUAUUUUUAUGUCGGCCUUCUUGAUCCUGGAUACGUAAAACCUUUAGAUCUCUGCUCGUCUACAGAAGGACAGCCUAUUGUUCCAAACACCCACAAAAUCUCAGUCGUUAGCACUGCAAAUCCUCCAACAACCCUAGGCUCAGUAUUUAAUUUGCAAAAAUUCGACUUAAAUGACCUAAAAUCAAGCAGAGAAGCUGGAUUUUAUGACGAAAACAGUCGUGUAGAUGUAAGCGUGGGAGAAAGCAGUUACUGUGGAGAGGAGUUCGAUAAUUUGCCUGAUGACCGAAUUGAAGAAUGAAGAAGCAUUUAUUUCCGAUAUAAUUGUGAUGUCCCUGAAAAGCCAUUGCCAAGCUCGCCUUCAAUUGAUAUGUCGUUGGCUGACUCACCUAAGAAACCUGAAGACCUUGAUUUUCCAAUUAAUGAUGACUCAAUUCAGCAAGACCAAAUUAACGAUAAGCCCAAAACUGAAGAAAUUUUAUUGAGAUAUUGCACAAUAUGCCAACAAGACCAGCCUUUAAGGGCGAAACACUGUAAAUACUGCAAUAAAUGCGUUUAUAGGUCAGAUCACCACUGCACAUGAAUCGCAAAUUGCGUGGGGGAGCGAAAUCAUUGCCAAUUUUACUGAUACUUAUUUUUUCAAACAUCAGAAGGCAUAAUUGCUAUUAUUUUUUUAGGAAUCAGCAUAGAUGAUAAAGAAGAUGCUGGAAACUGAGUCUCAGCGAAUAUAGGAAGAAUUAUUUUAAUUUUUGUUAUUGGGGCAUGCAUUGCUUUUGCUAUUUUUUUAUUUUGCUUGCAAACUUAUCUGUGAUCUAGAAAUUUAACGACUUGGGAAUUAAUAUCAUGAAAUAAAAUCACUUAUUUGAAAGAUAGACCGAAAGACAAAGGGUCUCCAUUUAAUUUUGGAUUCCUCGGAAAUUUUAAAUAUUUUUGUAAAUUUCAUAGCAAGCCGAAAGUUUGGAAACCGAUUAAUUAA